ACGACCUCCCAAGCUCCGGGGCCCGGCCAUGUCCAGGUUCUCUGGGCCUUCAUGAAACAAAGGAGCCAUGUUUUCUCUGACAGAAUAGAGCCUUUCUCAUUAGGGCCCAAGCUUGGAUUCCAGCCCUAGGGAGCCCCCUCCCCUUCCGGGCCCUCGCAGUUGCCUGUGCCAGCUCUCCUGGCAGGGAUGUCCGGGCACCCAUGGGGCCUCCCUGCUUGGCCUGGCUGGCCCUGGGCUCUGGGGUCCUGGAGGCCACAUGGAGUCUGUGCAGAGCCCUCGUCUCCAUCUCAGAUGGAGCCGUCAGCGCGGGCGCUGGGCUGGCUGAGACUGGCAGCCAGCAAUUACCAGCAAUUAGGCCCUUUCAGGCCUCCCAGGCUGGAGCCUCCACCUCUGCAUCCUCCCAUCUCAGAGGUGUCAGCAUCUCAGAGGAUGCAGACAGGGCCGGGCCGUGCCCGCAGACAGCCCUGCCUACUCGGGACCAUGCCAUACCGGGGCUGGGCCAAGUGCCCUGGGGGCCAGGGGCCCAGCGGGUGGCAGAGAUCAUUACCCUGACAUUUCUGCCCCUGCCACGCGACCUCCUCAGAACUCCCCCAGAUAGAAAUAGAGGUGCAGCUGGCACGGGCCCCAUUUAUUGCUGCGGAAGCUGCUGCUUACCCAGGUCCCCCAGAGUGUGGUGUCUGAAGUAGGUUUGACUGGGGGGGCUUCUCUGCCCACCUCUCCCCACAGACCCCACUGUAUGGGUAAGACCGGAGAUCCAGAGAGGUCCAGCUGCCAGUUUCUUGCCCAGUGAAAAUGCCUGCCUCCACCCUUGGGCCCCAGGACCAGCUGGGUGACCUUGCUGAGAAGGCCCCCGGGGCCUCAGCUUGCCUUUCUGGAGGAUGGCCUUUCUCCUGGGCACCCCUGAUUCCCCUGCCACCAAGAGUCCGAGCCCCGGCCCCAGCUUUGGCCCUUCUCUCAUGCUGAAUGUUCUUUUGGUUCCCUUAGCUGCACCCUGAAGCAAUGAGUCUGAAAGCCUUCACGUACCCACUGCCUGAGACCAGGUUCCUCCACGCGGGCAGCAGUGUGUACAAGUUCAAGAUCAGAUACGGCAGCAGUGUCAGAGGGGAAGAAAUAGAGGAUAAGAAGAUUGUCAGCCAGGAGCUGGAGGACUCCAUUCGGGCCGUCUUGGGGAACCUGGACAAUCUGCAGCCAUUUACCACUGACCAUUUCGUCAUAUUUCCUUAUAAGAGCAAAUGGGAACGCGUGUCCCACCUGAGAUUCAAGCACGGGGCGGCCCUCCUCGAGCCCUACCCUUUUGUCUGCACCCUCUACGUGGAGAUGAAGUGGGCGCCGGCCGGGCCCUCCAGAGGAGACAGCGAGCUCCCAGACAUGCGCCCUUCUUCAGUGGCUCAGCACCCACCUGCUCUGGGGCCGCAAGAAUCCCAAGGGUCUGGUUCCCAUCUGAAGGGGGAUGAUGAGGAAGCAGAAGUGAGAGCCACGGCUGUAAAGAGGAGAAAACUAGAAGGUUGCAUGUUCUCCACAGCACAGGAAAAGGACAGGCCUGGGACGGAAACUUCCAGGAAGAAGAAGCCCCCGGCGCCUCCCAGCAGGAACUGGACCCGAGAAUCUGCCUCAGAAGAGGGGGAGACUGAGGACUCUGACAUUUCUUUCUUCAAGGACCAUGGUGCCCCGACAGGAUCUGGGUCUAGUCUGAGAGAGCAACAGAGACCCCCUGCAAAGGCAAGCAGCCCGCCUUCUGAAGGGCCCCCCACGCAAAAACGUGCCGGACUUCUGGGCUUUCUAAGCUCCCUCUUCCCCUUCAGGCUGUUCGGCAGGAGGGCCAGCCAGUGAGCCUGUCGGAGAAAGGGGCCUCCUAUUCCCGAGCCAGCCCGGCUGCCUCAGCCCCGUCCCCUCUCGUCUGGCCGGCCGGAGGGCCCGGGACUCGCCUGGAGGGCCCGGGACUUGCCAGGAGGGCCCGGGUCUCUCCGGGAGGGCCCAAGACUCUCCAGGAGGGCCCAAGACUCUCCAGGAGGGCCCAAGACUCUCCAGGAGGGCCUGGGGCUCGCCAGAAGGGCCCGGGGCUCGCCAGAGACGGCCAGGGCUCUGGCUCCCCGCUUGACCUUGGCAGUCCGUUUGUUCAGAGUCAGCGGCUGAUGAAUAAAUGAAGCGCUGUUCCUU